UGACAGUUCAUACGGAAGUUCUCGCCGUAUGAGAUGAGUAACCAAACUGCCGGCGAAGAAUGCUUUACUACAUAAAGUCGCGAUAGCCUCUGAGACAGGACUCAAGUUGCUGCCAUCGGACGCAUCUCUCGCUCGUCAAAGCCUCACCGGCACCGAGUAGCGAUGAGCUGGAACUUCACGAUCGACGAUUCGAGCUCCUACAUCAAGUAUCUUCCGUCGGAGGAUACGGGGUUGGGAAACAAUACAUCCCUUGGCUGGGAUCCAUACUGGGGAGGCUCUGGCGGGUUCCUCCCCGUGUCAGAUCAGUCGUAUGGUCGAGGAGCCAGUGGACAGUCCCUCCACGUAACAACGCUCGAUGGAGCCAGCUUGUCAUUCGAGAUCUAUGGUAACAGCGUCUGUCUCCAUGGAACGUCGAAUGGUACAUUCGAUGUUGCCAUCAACGAUAUCACUGCGCCCGGUUUAACAGCAAAUGCAGAUGGCGUCUUGUACUGCCAACAGGAUCUGCCAACGAACGUGAAUUACGUCAAUCUUACUGCGCAUGUCACCCCGAACUCUGGACAGCAACUAGCAUUUGAUUACGCCGAAGUAACCUACGAUUUUUCCACAGGGGCAACCUCGCCUGAGGAAGUUGUGUAUAACAAUACGGACACUUCAGCGGUACACUACACGGCAAACUGGACAAGCCUCACGAUUGCUGGUGCGCCGAGCACCACAUCGAGCAUCCCCAUCCACAAGACGACCGCGUACGGCGCGUCGGCAUCGCUGAAUUUCACUGGAGAGGCAAUCGCAGUGUAUAGAUUCAGAAGUUGGGGGUCCUAUCUGUACAACAUCACCUUGGAUGAGGAUCCGCCGCAUCAGUACAAUGGGAGUACUCUGUGGGAACUCACAAAUUCGCUCCUGUUCUUCCAAGCCGGAAUCGACCCCACUGCGUCACAUAACAUCAAGAUCACGAACGCUGGUGGCGAAUCCUAUUACAAGUUCUAUCUCAACUCAAUCUCAGUGUUCAAGUCCAAUUCGACAAAUGCGACGCAGAACACACCAGCGUCAUCUUCGCCACCAAAGGCAUCCACUGGCGACAUACACCACCACACGGCCGCCAUCAUUGGCGGCGUGGUUGGUGGCGUGGGCGGUCUCCUCUUGAUCAUCGGUCUGGCGGUCUAUUUCUUGCAUCGGAGACCAUCGCCGUCACAGUAUCGCGACAUCUCACCGUACAUUGCCACGAAUGCGGGCUCAGAUCCCCAGGCUGGUACCAUUCAGACGUCUUCCAGCUCUCUCCUGUUCGCCAAUGGUGCGCGCCAAGCGCAAGGCCUACCGGCAAAGGGUACCGGUCUGGCCAGUACACCGGCGACUUCCCAGACCGCACAAGAACAUGCGGUGACAACUCCACACCGGGCGGGUGUUGCAGGCCACACAGGCGUCCCUCAUUCGAUGCUUCCUACUGGGCCCGAGUCACCAGCAGGUAGUACCGCUGCGACUGUUUCAUCGGUCACACAACCUGUGAACGUGGACCGCAUCAUCGAAAUGAUUGCGGAGAGAAUCGACAGACGAAGUUCGCCGCCUCACGACGCUGGAGACGCCCCACCUCGGUACCGGGACAGCGCAGUUUAAGGACUGAGUACUCAGUGGUAUACCGCUGUUGGCGUAGCCGUGUUGGCUAUCUACAUCCCUUCGACUGCACAACCCAAUGUACGCUUGAAGGUUUGAUGAGCUCAAGGCCAAAACACAUCGCGCUCACGAA